GCUUGCCAUCAACAGCAACACAUACCCCGCGCACAGCGUUUAACUUGAUGUGACAGUUUGUGCGAUAUUAAAAGAGUAAUGUUGAAAAUGAGCAAUGACCUGAAAAGAUAUCUCUUUUGGUUCGCUCAUGAGCAUGUUGACUUCCGGCUGGCCGAAAUGGAAUCUAUAUUUGACAUGUUUAACAUUAAUCCAUGUGCAAUGACGAGGUCGAAGGAACAUCCUUAUUGGAUCGUGGCUUUACCUGACGAGAAUCUAGUGCGUCAAGUUGCUAAUAGAGCAGUCUCGUUACGCUUCUGUUUGGAGCUCUGGGCACAAGAUAAACGAAACGAGGACUUGCACGGUUCUCUGAAAGCUUACUUGGUCAAAGAUUCGGAGGCUAUGGCCAGAAAUAAGGGUAAAUCGUUUAAGAUCGUAGUGGAGACUUUCUGCAGACAUUUCUCCCAACGUGAGAAGAUAAAUAAAAUCGAGUCUUUCAGUUAUCUACCUCUUGAAGGACCAGUCAAGUUGAAAAAUCCAGACAUCACUCUAUGUUACAUCGAAUAUUACGGACUUAACCCCAACAACAUUCCUGAAGAACCUCAUGAAUAUUUCUUCGGAAGAUGGAUUGCCGAUGGUCAGCGAGAGUUAAUUCAAAAGUUGUCACUAAAAACUAGGAAAUUUAUAGGAAAUACGUCAAUGGAUCCCCAGCUGUCGCUGAUAAUGGCAAAUCAAGCACAAAUUAGGAACGGAGACCUAAUUUUCGAUCCGUUCGUGGGGACGGGCUCCUUGUUAAUUGCCGCAUCGCAUUUUGGAGGAUACACAUUCGGAACAGACAUCGACUUUUUAAUGCUUCACGGCCGUACGAGACCUACACGGAUAUCGCAAAAGACGAGGGAAAAAGAUGAGAGUAUCGCUGCUAACAUGCGUCAAUAUGGAAUGAGCUCUCAUUAUCUCGACGUCGUGGUGGCAGAUUUCUCCUAUCCACUGUGGCGGGCAGACUUAAGAAUAGAUGCUAUCGUAACGGAUCCGCCUUAUGGUAUAAGGGAAGCCACAGAGCGUAUAGGUACUAUGAAAAUCAAUCCGGUCAUUGAGGAACAUCAAGCGACUUCUCAUAUUCCUUCAAAGAUUGUUUAUGGCCUGAAUGAAAUAUAUAAUGACUUGCUGUGUUUCUCUGCGAGACAUCUGAGACUUGAGGGCAGAUUAGUCUGUUGGUAUCCAUUGUUUAGAGACCAAUACACGGAGGAUCAGUUACCAGCGCAUUCUUGUUUAGAGCUGAUAGCUAAUUCCGAGCAAGUGUUGAGCAACUACACUAGUAGGAGAUUAUUAACUUAUAAGAAAGUUAAAGAGCCAGAGGCAACUGAUGAGAGCGUUACCAUGAAUUUAAUUGAUUUCCGUGAAAAGUAUUUUGCAUUGCGCGAGGAAACGAGGAAGGAGAAACGAAUGAGGAAAGCUGCGGAAAGAGCAAAGAACCGAGAGGAGUGGGAACGUAGUAACAAGGAAGUUACCGAAAGAUGACUGUGGAGCCUCGCAUAUAGUAUUAUAUGAAAGACAACAGAAACCUCUUUUUUUUUAACUUUAUAACUCUUACUGUCAUUGCGCGUGAGGAUAUAUAAUUAUUCAAAAUUAUUUAUCAAAAUGUGGCUAUUUCAUUUUGCAAUUCUUGUUAUUAUGUACAGAAUAGUCAAAGUUGGAAACAAAGCAAACUAUUGCAACGAUUUAGAAAUAAAUAUUUUUUGCACGCAU